AUGGCGGCGAGGCCCGAGGACGUGGACAUCGCCGCGUCCGCCGCGCGGGGCUCCUCCCCGCCGGAAGACCGCCGCGGGUUCGUCUACCGCGCUUGCUUCUUCCUCGGGGCGGGAAUCCUUUUUCCUUGGAACAGUUACAUCACCGCGGUGGACUACUUCGAGCGCGUGCACCCGGGGAAGCACGUGGACAGGGUGUUCGGAGUGCUCUACUUCCUGCCCAACCUGCUCAUGCUCGUGCUCGUCCUGCGGUUCGGCAACCUCGUCCCUCCCAGCGUUCGCGUCAGGCUCGGGUUCUCCCUGUUCCUUCUCUGCCUCCUCGUCCCCGCGUUCACGUCCAACCUCGGCAUCCUCUGCGCGGGCAUCGCCCUCAACGGCGUGGCGGACGCGCUGGCGCAGGGGUCCCUCUUCGCCCAGGUCGCGUCCAUGCCGGAGACGUACACGCAAGCGCUCAUGGCCGGCACGUCGCUGUCCGGUCUCAUCGUCAGCGUCCUCCGCGUCGUCACCAAGGCUUCGUUCCCGGCAACCGACUCGGGCGCGGCGGCGAGCGCGUCGGUGUACUUUGUGUGUGCCGCGCUCUGGGUGCUGGCGUGCCUGUACCUGUACGGCGAGUUGGAGAGGUCGGAGGUUUUCCGGUGGCACGUCGCGCGGGCGGCGCGGGCCAGACGCGCGGGGGAGGCGGCGGCGGCGGGGGCGGGGGAGGUCGGGGAAGAACGGGCGGCGGGCACCACGCUUCGGGACGCGGCGGCGAUCGCGUCGCGGGUCAGGUACCACGCGUUUGCGGUGGCGAUUACGUACGUCGUCACCCUCAGCAUCUUCCCCGGGGUGCUCGCGGAGGACCUGAGGGACGAUUCGAUGGGUGACUGGUUCCCCGUCGCGCUCAUCGCCGCGUUCAACCUGGCGGACGUGCUCGGGAAGUGCGUCCCCGGGGUGUUCCCGGCGGCGGCGACCGCGUUUAGUCCGCGGACGACGGCGGGGAUGGCGGCGGCGCGCGUGCUGUUCGUGCCGGCGUUCACGAUCGUCGCGCGAUGGUCCGACGGAUCGUCCGGUGGCGGCGUGGUGGCGCCCGGGGUUGCGCUCACGCUCGCGCUCGGGGUGACUAACGGUUGGUACAGCGCGAGCGUGAUGAUGACGGCGCCCAAGGCGGUGAGCGCGGCGGAGUGCGAGGCGUGCGGGACGAUCAUGGUGUUUUUCUUGUUGUCGGGGCUCACGGCGGGCGCGUUCUGCGGAUGGCUGUGGCUGGUGUGA